GACUCAUGUCUUUGCAUCCCCCAAGAGAGUAUAAAAGGUGUGAACCAAAGUGGUCUAAGAAGAAGGCAAAAUGUUGUUGAGUGGCUUUCUUUCUGCAGCGGCUCUCCUCAUGGUUGCGCCAAACGAUGCAACUGAGAUUAUCGGCGGAAAAGAAGUCAAGCCCCACUCGUUGCCUUACAUGGCACUGCUCGUGAAAAAUAAGCCGCACUGUGGGGGUGUUCUCAUCAAUCCACAAUGGGUUCUCACUGCUGCCCACUGUAAUGAUCCAAAGAGCGUGUGGCUUGGUGUACAUGCCAUUGACAAAAGUGAAACGGCCUCCCGCCAGAUAAGAAACGUCCAAAUCAAAGUUCCUCAUCCCCUCUACGAACGUAAGAGCAAGGUCAAUGACCUUAUGUUGCUCAAGCUGGAGAAACCUGUGAAGAAAACCAAGACGGUGAAGUGUUUGGAGCUGCCCGGGAAGGCCAAAGACCCAAAGGCCGGCAGCCGCUGUUUGGUGGCCGGGUGGGGCAGGACGAGUAAUGAGAACAAGAACAUGUCCAACGUCCUCAUGUCUGUUGACGUGACCGUCAUCGACAGAAAGAAAUGCAAUUCUGCCGAGUAUUAUAACAGAAAGCCGGUCAUCACCGCGGGCAUGAUAUGUGCCGGUUCGAAUGGAAAAAAGGUGACGGACACCUGCAAAGGAGACUCAGGAGGUCCACUGGUGUGCAAAGAAACACUCGUGGGGAUUACUUCGUUCGGACCCGAGUAUUGUGGCCAGUUGAAGAUCCCCGGAGUCUAUUCAUUCCUCUCAAUGGAGCAACUUGAAUGGAUCAGAAAAACCAUCGCUGAAAAUGAAAUGUAAUUGUCUUGUCUCUUCAGUUUACAUUUCGGACCAUUUCAAUAAAGUUGAAAUGAAAAUUG